AUAGGAUGCCUUUUUAUCUAUGGGGAAGUCUAUCACUACCUAAGAAGGAGCAAUGGAGUGCCAUAAGAAGCUUGGUAUCCUGGGUAUUCUAAAGGAAGCUCUCUUUGCUGGACUCAAAACCUGGAAGAUCAGUGUUGCAACAAUCAUAUUGGCCACAGUGCUUAUCCAUUUCAUGAUAGGUUUCUUCCAAAUUCUAGAUCAACACCUUGUCCUGGAUCUUGUUCCCAUAGCCACUCAGCUGCCAUUAAUUAAACGUGCAUUUCCUGACAUCGACCAAGGAGAAUUCAAAAUCUUUCCUUUUCAGACCAUAUUAGGUGAACUCUUAGCAUUGUUGAAUGUUCACCUAGCAGUCAUGUCAUGCAAUGAAAGUCACUUCGGGAUGAAGGAACUAAUGUUGAAGAUCAAUAGGACAUGGAAAGGUUCACUAAUCACUACCAUUUGCACAGCACUAGUCUUCUUUGUUUCCCCUGCCAUUCUCUUUAUGUUUGGUUUCUUCUUGAAGAUGAUGAGUCCCAAUGGCUUGGCCCUCUCGAUUGCUUUCGUUGCCCUGUUAGCAUUGACAUUUUUUGUAAUCUAUGUUAAUGCUUUAGUUCACCUCAUAGAGAAUGCGAGCCUCGUGAUAUCGGUGGUUGAAGAAAGCUGCUGCGGAUAUAGCGCUAUGCGUAAGGCAGCAGGAUUGAUCAGAAGGAGAAAGCUCCAUGGUAUUGCACUCAUUGGUGUGGUGUUUCUUAUUACUUAUUUGAUUUCCAAAUUUCCUAGUGAUGAACAAGGAGGACUAAUGUUUGUGGUAUUGAAGUUGGUGUUAAAAGUUGUUAACAGCCUUUGUCUGUUCUAUAACCAUCUAAUAUUCACUGUGUAUUACCGUGAAUGCAAGAAGAGCUUUGAAAGAGGAAGAGGUGAGGUGGCGUCUGGCCUGUUUAGCUUGCUACCUUAUACUUCAAACAUUGAAAUUGCUCCUUGAUGUGUUGUUUUCUUUUUAGUCCUUUUUUUUAAGUUAAACUUUGCUUUCUUCUUUUCAUAUGUGAAUUUAGAACUCUUGUGAGUUUGUUCAUGUUUAUCUUGUGUAUCAAAAGAUCAAAGAUAUCAGUUUGUCAUUGUAUGGCUCUUGAAUGGAAAAGGAGG